AUGUCACACUGCCACGACGAGCACGGUGGCGACGACCACCAUCACCACCACGGAGAGGACGGCCACGACCACAGCGACGACCUGACUCCGGCGCUACAAAACUCGCUGUACACGCGCAUCGAGUUCGACAAGAUCGUGACGCUGAACGAGGCCGCGCACGACUCGGGCGCGGCCGUGGUGAAGAAGACGUGGGCGGAGCGGCUGACGCCGACGCCGGAGCUGGCCAGCGACGCGGACGAGCAGCUGCUCAUGCACGUGCCGUUCACGGGCCAGGUCAAGCUGCACUCGAUCCUGGUGCGGACGUCGGACAGCGCGGCGGCGCCGCGCACGCUGCGCGUCUUUGCCAACCGGCCCGAGAGCUUCGACUUCUCGGCCGCCGAGGCCGAGGCCCCGCUGCAGGAGUUGGAGCUCAGCCGCACCUCGGCCGUGCAGGAGCUCAACGUCAAGCGCGCCCGCUUCGGCGGCGUCGCGAGGCUGUCGCUCUUCUUCGUCGACAACUUUGGCGACGGCCAAGAGGACGUCACCAGGCUGUCGUACCUCGGCUUCAGGGGCGAGUGGAUGCCCCUCGGCAGGGCCCCCGCUAAUAUCCUCUACGAGGCGGCGGCGAAUCCGAGCGAUCAUGCCCUCAAGGGGACCAGUGUCAACAUGAUGGGGAGUGGGAUUGGCGGUAGGGGACCUGGCGUGUGA